CACUCCAUUACUCCGUCACUUAACACUUCUUUCGUUUCUUCUUAAACCCCUCUCUCUCAAUUUUAUUUCUCUUAAUUUUCAUCAAUUGAAUCAAAAUGCAUUCAUUCGGUUACAGAUUGAACGCUUUGUUCACCUUUGCGGUUACGAUUCUUGGUUUCAUCUGUGCAAUCGCUUCUUUCACUGAUACUCUCAAUUCUCCAUCUCCUUCUGUUCAAGUCCAGGUGUUGAAUGUUAACUGGUUUCAGAAACAGCCCAACGGCAAUGACGAGGUUUACUUGACACUUAAUAUAUCAGCAGAUUUACAAACCCUUUUUACAUGGAACACAAAACAGGUUUUUGCAUUUUUAGCUGCUGAAUAUGAAACUCCAAAGCAUCCCCUAAAUCAGAUAUCCCUCUGGGAUGCCAUCAUUCCGACUAAAGAGCACGCAAAGUUUACAAUUCACACAUCAAAUAAAUACCGUUUCGUUGAUCAGGGAAGCAAUCUGCGUGGUAAAGAAUUCAACUUAACUUUGCACUGGCAUGUCAUGCCAAAGACUGGCAAAAUGUUCGCUGAUAAAUUAGUCUUGCCAGGUUACCGGUUGCCUGCACAAUACAGAUGAUGCCUCUUUGUCAUGUUAAUGUAUUUUGUUGUGUAACUUUAGCCUUUUCUAUAACAAGUAUACAAGGUUUCUUCAAAGAACUAGAAUCAGAGGAAAGAAAUUCUGGUCUUGGAUUGUGGAAAUGAAUAGCAUUUAAAUACUUGAAUAUUUGAAAUUUUAUUGUGGUGUGUUCUCCAACUGUUUAAAGUUUAUAGUUCAUCUGGUUAACUCCUAUUA